AUGGAGUUACUCCAUGUCAUAAUAAAGUCUGGACCCUCGCCGCGCCCACUCGCUUGGUCUCUCGAAGUGUCGCCCUCCCUGGGCGGUGAGGACUGGCGGAUGAUCAGAGCGUUCGGUGAUAGAGAACAUUGCAAGCACCUCUGGGACCUGAGACCCGAGAGGAAACGUCGGAAGGCCCGAGCCAAAGGCAAGGAGAAGCUGGCUUGUUCCACUCAGUUUGCAAAUCCCAAACCUUUGGAGAAUGGAGAGAUGCAUGUAGCGAUCGGUGAAGGUGUUAGUGCCCGUCGCGUGCGCAUCUCCUUCCGAGCGACGCACACCGCCCCCCACCAUUACUAUACCGUCAGGGAAUUGACUCUAGCGGCCAGGUGCUUGUGCCAUGGUCAUGCAUCGCAUUGCAAUGUGGAUCAGAAGGGGGCAAAAUGUGAUUGUCUGCAAGGCACUUGCGGAGGACACUGCCAACGCUGCUGUUCUGGCUCCAAGUGGAGACCCCACGAGCCAUGCGACAUUCCACCUGGUGUCUGCAAUGCCUGCGGCGAAAGAGGAGAGUGUUCGUUCGACAAUGCCGGAGAUAUACUCUGUGUGAAUUGCACGGAAAAUCGAGCUGGACCAUUGUGUGACCACUGUUUGAUUGGCUUCUACAAUGCACUGUCGGAUGGCCCUUGUGUACCUUGCGACUGUGACCCUGAGGGCUCUGAUGGGUCUUGCACCUGGGACAGGAACCAUCAGCGUGUGCUCUGCGCCUGUCACCCGGGUUUCUCAGGACCUAAGUGCGAAUCCUGCGAGGAUAUCAACGCCGUCUUCCCGAACUGUGUCAUGGAAAUCACGACACCAGCCUGCAAAUGUGAUACCAGAGGAAUCGUUGAUGCGAGUAGGAUUUGUGAUGAAGUCUGCGAAUGUAAGAGUAACGUAAUCGGAGAGAGGUGCGACGAGUGUGCCCCGGGGUACUUCGGCUUGAGCGGAGAUUCGGUAGAUGGGUGCGCCCCUUGCUACUGCUCCCAUCUAGCGGACACAUGCAGAACUGAUCAUCGCCCACAUUUGUAUCCUGACGUGGUGUUGCCCCUGGGCGAGGCGUGGAUCAUCACCGAUGCUGCUCUGAACGAGACCCUGGAACCUUCCGUGGAUGAGCAGGGGAAACCAUACUUGAUCACUUAUGAGGUAGAAGGAUGGGAGUCUUUUUAUUGGUUAACCAACACCUACAGCGGAGAACAGCUUGAGGCGUAUGGAGGUGAAGUCCGAGCUAGCCUGUACUGGGGAGUCGCUCGCGGAGACACAGGUGGCAGUCCCACGGUUGGGCCUGAUUUUAUUAUCAUUUCAAAUGACGGUAAAAAGUUGAGCUACAUAAACAGCAGUCACGAGACAGCCGGGCAGUUGAACUUAAUUGCAUCCCUUGAGGAGGGGAACUGGUAUCUGGACAAUGAGGUGGCGUCGCGAACACAACUUCUGGACGCGCUUACUGAUAUACGUGCUUUGAUGAUCAGGGCACACUUCCAUAAUGACCAAGACGAGGUAAGAUUAGAAGGCGUGGAAAUUCGAAGUUCUCAUAGCACCAGAGAGAUGUGCUCCUGUCCUGUUGGCUACGAGGGGGCACAUUGCUCCAAAUGCUCCUGGACCCACGUGAAGAUCAAACGUGCUUCUGGCAGUUUGCCUUCCUUCGAGUGUGUGCCGUGCGCUUGUAACAUGCAUGCUGGGUGUACCACAGUGGAUGGACCCUGCGGUGAAUGCCAACACAACACGACAGGACCGCAUUGUGAGAGGUGUCUUCCAGGUCACUAUGGGAAUCCAGUCACGGGUGGCUGCAAGCCAUGUGCGUGCCCGUUGUACGAGUCAAGUAACAACUUUAGUCCAAACUGCGCGUUGGCUGGAGCUGAAGGCGACGAGUUCGUUUGCACGCAGUGUCCUGAUGGCUACGCCGGAGACCAUUGUGAGAUGUGUGAUUCGGGCUACUGGGGCUCACCGACGACCCCUGGGGGUUCCUGCGUCCCUUGCGAGUGUGGAGGGGGACCUUGUCAUGCUUCUACGGGGGCUUGUCUCGUCUGUCCACCGCAUACGGAGGGCGAGAGAUGUGAUCAGUGUCAGGAGGGUUUCUGGGCAGGCGGAGAAGGUGGCGCUUGUGUGCCAUGCGCAUGCGGCCGCGGUGCCCUCUCCAGCGCAUGCGAUACGCGUACGGGAGUGUGCGCUUGCGCAAGCAGCUGGACUGGACGCGCUUGUGACAUCUGCGCGGUUGGAUAUGGAGAUGUCGAUUCCGGUUGUCCAUUGUGCCGGUGUGGUAUGGCCGCUGUAAGUGACGUUUGUGAACGCAGCUCGGGAGUAUGUGACUGCGCCCUUGGUGCUUCGCCCCCGCACUGCGACACUUGUCUGCUGGAACACUGGGAUUUGACUGCUGCAGGAUGUCGAGCGCACCACCGUUUGCUUAUACUCAUUAGAAUCAACGACUCAUAG